AUGGCUGCUCAGCGAACAUCACCACAUCCACACUAUUUUUCAUUAUUUCAAAGUUAUUGUACGGGACAACAAAAACCAUCAAAUAAAGAUGUUUUACCAUUAAAUGAAGACAUUAAGCAUGAAGCACAAGAAUUAUUAAAAGUUAUAAAUAGUGCAAUAAUUGAACAAUUAUCCGUAUUAGCGCCUUACACAGCAUCUGUUCCAAGAGAAUUUAUUCAAGAUUGUGAUACACCAAAUAGCAAUGUUUAUCAACGUUAUCUUAUUGAUCGAGCGAUGUACAAAUUAUUAAAUGAUGAUAAAAUUAUCAAUUGGUCAUCAAAAGUCAAAAAAUUGUAUCCGGUGAGAACAUCCGGUAAUGGAAAUUGUUUAUUGCAUGCAUGUUUAAUUGCUAUUGCUGGUGUUCAUGAUUUUGACCUUUAUCUACGUGAUCGUUUAAAACAGUUUAUGGAAGCAAAUGAAGAAUUGCUAAAACAACGAUGGCAAAUUGAACGUUUGAGAAAUGAUCAAAAACUUGGAAUUACAGCUGAAAAUAAUAAACUGGAUAUUGAAUGGCAAGAAUUAUGCGAUUUAGUUCAAUAUGAAAAUACGGAAGAUGGUCCUACAAAAGAUUUACAUUUUUUAGAAGCUGUACAUAUAUUUUCUAUUGCAAAUAUGUUACGUCGUCCAAUAAUUGUUUUAUCCGAGGAUGUUGUUCGUAAUAAACAUGGUGAAGCAAUCUCAAUUAAUGAUAUCAUGGGAAUUUAUUUACCAAUGUUAUCUGAUCCAACUGACUGUAUAAAAUAUCCAAUUGUAAUUUCUUAUGAUAGAUCUCAUUUUUGUCCUCUUGUUACAUGUGAUGAUGAAACAUCAUCUAAUGGAAAUCAUUCAUUAAAAUACUUAUUACCAUUAUAUAAAUAUGAUGGAAAUUCACAAUAUACACUUUUACCCCUACAUUUUUUAGUUGAUAUUCAACAACCAGACAAGACUGAAUUAUUACGACAAUAUUUAGACAUAGAAGAUAUUUCGGAUAGACUUGAGCCAUCAUCACCGCCGGUAAAUAUACGGUGUUGUCGAUUAGGUGAAAAACGUUUAAAGCAAAACCAGGAUUUUAUUGUUCUAUACAGAAAAUAUCUGUUUGAAUUCAAAAAAGAACAAAAGAGGAUUGCCGAAGAAGAAGAACGACAACGUCAACGUGAGAGAGAAAAUGACAAUCAGUAUCGAAAUAGUGCGUACAAUGAAUCUACGUCGACUUCUGGAUCACCUUACAAGGCUGAUAUGUCAACAUCCAACAGUUCAAAACAUCCAACAGUAGUGUCUCGUGAUCAACUACCAGAACAGCAAUCAAUAACUAAUGCAAGUAAACGACCACUCAUUUAUCCGACUCACACUCCAGUAAAUUCUGAUAAUCAACAAAAUAUUAGUUCACCAUUGGUUCUACGUCAGUCUAGCUAUAAUAAUGCAAUAGAAUAUAAUCCAUUACUUUUGAAUUCCAAUAAUGGAUACUCUGAUUCUGUAGAGGAUAAGUUAUCACAGCAUAAUAAUGAUCAAGAAGCGCGAUCAUCUCCAUUACGUAUCAGAGAAAAUAAUCAGCGUUCAAACGAAGUGUCAGUGCGACCAACCGAUUCAACAAUAGCAGAAACAAAAACAAAAAGGGGUGAUGCUCUCGGAACAACGUGUGAAUUUUGUACAGCUGAAUACGUAAAAACUCAUCCUGUUAAUGAUAUGAUUGGUGGUGGAAAAUUUAAAUUAGAACCUGGUGAAUGGACAGAUGAUUCAUCAAUGAUGCUCAUUAUAGGUGAAUCAAAUGGUCAUAUGUCAUCGAAUGGUGUUUGUUUCGAUAUUGGUAAGCAAACACUAAAAAAUUUAUUAGAAAAUGAAAAAUUAGCAUUUGAUAAAAGUUUAAAUAUUAUUGAUGAAAAGUCCGAGGCAGCUGGCAAUGGAAGUUUAAUGAGACUUUGUUGUGUACCGUUGUAUUAUCAUAAAAAUGUUUUAGAUGCAAUUGAUAUGAGUGCACAAUCAUCAUUAACAACUCAUCGAUCAAAAAUAGCUGUAGAUUGUGUGAGAUUUUAUGCAAUGUUAAUAUUAGGAGCUUUGAAUGGUGUAUCAAAAUCAGAACUACUUUCAUCUAAUUGGUAUAUUAAUGAAGAUGUAAAACUUUAUUUUAAUGAUAACCCAUUGUGUGUUCCGGUAUUGAAUUUAAAACAACAUGAAACAUUUAAACAUAAAAAUCCACCCGAUAUUCAAGCAACAGGUUAUUCUGUUCAAUGUUUAGAAGCUGCUCUAUGGGCAUUUUAUCAUACAGAAAAUUUUAAUGAUGGUUUAUUAAAUGCUGUCAAUUUGGGCGAUGAUGCGGAUACUGUCGGAGCGAUUUAUGGACAAUUAGCUGGCGCCUAUUAUGGAUUUGACAAUAUACCCGUCAAAUAUUCAGAACUAAUAGCAUUAUCGACAUUUAUUGAUGCCUUGUGUCGAGAAAUAUUUAAUCAAUCAACUAAAUCGAGAACAACCAGUGAUGAGUUUUUACAAAUUCAUACUAUACUUGUACAAUUAGAACAAGCAUAUGAACAAAUUUACAGACGCGUACAACCUUGUCCAAGUGAAUUUAAAUCGGUAGAUGGAUUUGAUCAAGCUUAUGCAGAUUUUCGAAAAAAGUUUGAACAGACAAAUUUGUUUUCUCAUUUUGAUAAACGUCUACAAAAUGAUCGAAAAAAAGUUGUUCAGAAAACUGAACAAAAGAAAAAUAUGAGUGCAUUAUUUGCUAAAAUUAAAAAAUGA